UAUACACAGUUUUUCAUGAGUACUCCGUAAUUUGGUAGUGAAUAAGAUGAAGAAGAAUUAAUUGCUUUUGUUAAUGAAAUACUUAGAGAGUAACGAUAAGAAAAGUAGUAAAUUCAAAUUAACAUUUUGCCCUCCUCCGAUGAAAAAAAUAUUCCUAUUGUCCAUCAUGAAGUUUGUCUGUAAACAGAUCCUAUUACUAUGGGUGAAAUUGACUCAUUGAUUGGAAAUUUUGAACAGAUGACUUUUUAGAAAAGCAUAUAUUAAUAAAUAUAGCUUCUUGGUGCAUGUGCAUGUUUUAAAUUAUGUGAGAUUUUUUCUGGCAAUGAAUAACCCCUGACUAGGAUUAAGAUGGAUGCAUUACGUGAAAAGCUCAACAAAUAGACUAGAGAAACCAUAUUCAGAUAAAAUCGAAAUAAUUAUUAUUAGAAUUCAGAUUAAGGAGGAAAAAAAACAGAUGACCAUGCUAUUUAAAAAGCAGUUUUAGAAAAUUAGUAAUUAUAAUAAUAAGAUGAACUUGAUACUUGUAAGUAAUUAAUUUUUUUGUUAUUAUUUCUAUUUAGAGAUCCUAUUAGUACAAAGUAAGAAAUUGAUGUAGUUAAGAUUGUUAAAAAAUCAAAACCUAAAAUAGUUUUAAAGAAGAAGAGUACUUGA